UUCAAGGCAUUUUAGGGAAGUCGGUGGUACUGCGCCGAUCGUCCUACAUACAAUGUUCAAACUGACCACUUCCCAAAUACAAAAACAUUCGUCUGUAUAAUAUCGUAGUUUUAAUGGAUGGCGCAUUAAUAGUUCGUUCUUUAAUAAGACGGAAAAGGAAGCAAGAUGUAGGUAAUACGCGAAAAAACGCUGGAAAAAGUAAAAAAUGUAGAUAUCAUGAAGAGAACGUGACGGGUGGCAGUAUUCACAACUGCUUCGAGCGACCUCGGCAGGAUCUCGGUGUGCAUCGGAACGGCGCCAUGCAAAAGAUCAGGGAAAAUAAAAUGGGUCUAAUUAAUGUGUUAAUGUCCGACCCCGAUUACAUCUUGCAACAUUUGCAAGCGGAUGCGCUCAUCACCCAGCGGGAGUAUAACAUCAUUAACAGCAAUAGGCAAUCGCAUGAGAAGACUGUGAUAGACAUUCUGGAUAAAAUUAUGAAUAAGGGCGAGGAUACAUGCCGUCGUUUCCUGACACUUCUUCAGACAGAUGAUGUCCAGGAAACGUUCCCCAACCUGAAGUGUCUUAUUUGCCUAAACGUCCCCAAGCAAGACAAUCAGGAAAUGGCUGAGAUCAGCGAAUACCCAAUGACAUGCAUUCCCAGAGGAAAGUGCGUAAUCUUCAACAAUGAGAACUUCACAUCAGCAAAUCUGAGGAGAAGAAAUGGAUCGCAGAAGGAUGCCGUUCGAUUGCGUGAAGUGUUUGAGUGGUUGGGUUUUGAGGUGGACACAGUUCAGGACCAAUCAGCGAAGGAGAUGCGGGACCAUCUACGGCGCUUCGGACAGCAGGCUGGCGGCCAGUGCUUCGUGUGCUGUGUUCUGAGUCACGGGACCCAGCAGGGUGUUUACGGCCGGGACGGCAAGAUGCUCGGCCUCGCUGAGAUCCUGCAGCCGUUCAGGGGGGCGAGGUGCCGCGCCCUAAAUGGCAGGCCUAAGGUGUUCUUCAUCCAGGCCUGCCAGGGGACGCACAUGCAGGAAGCCGCGCCAGCCGGAUGUGACGUGGACCUCAUGGAGGUCGAGACCGAGUCUGCCGGAGGUCCAGGCGACACCAUCCCAUGUGACGCCGACUUCCUUGUCGGCAUGGCCACCGUACAGGAUUGCGUCUCCCUGAGAGACCCCAAGGAGGGGAGCUGGUACAUCCAGACUCUGUGCAGGAUGCUGGAGCAGUGGUGCCCAAGAGGUGAAGAUAUCCUUACCAUCCUCACCAGAGUCAACGGGGAGGUGAGCAGGAUGGAGGCAACCAUGAGGCAUAACGGGGAAGUUUGCCUGGCCAGGCAGAUCCCAGAGCCAAAAUACACCCUGAGGAAGCGGCUGGUGUUCAAGGUGUCUGAAUAAGACAGCGGUGCCCAGGGGACUCCUUACCAAUGACCCCCAGCAUUCUCAACAAAGAACAUCAAGUACAUACUACAUUUAUGGCACCUUUUUGCAUUCUCAACAAAGAACAUCAAGUACAUACUACAUUUAUGGCACCUUUUUGCAUUCUCAACAAAGAACAUCAAGUACAUACUACGUUUCUGCCACCUUUAUUGCUUUUUGUCAUGAUUCAAAAUACUUAGUUGGUUUAUAAAGUGCUUUUCAUGAAGUUAGCAUGGUUCAGGUUCAGGGCUUUUUUUAUUGUCGUCUUUUGCCAGUAAUAACAAGCAAACUUAUGUAAAGUUUGAUUUUUAGUAAAUAAACAUUUGCUCAUUGAA